AUGUGUAUUGUGAGCAUAUACCUCAAUUUUUUCCAGUAUUCUUAUAGAAAAACAACAACAGUCUCAUGCACGAUAAAUCGAUCAAAAAUAGAUUACGAUCGAUCAAAAAAAGAUCGAUCUACUGGACCAGAUCAUUCAUCUCAUCGUCGAACAUCAACAUCAAGAGAUCGGUCUAUUAGACCAGAGCAUUCAGCUCAUUCAGAAGCAUUUGACCCUCGUCCAAGACCAAGAGCAACAGAUCGAUCAUUCAGAUCUGAUCAUUCCCAUCCAUCAACAAAUCCCGGUGAAGGAACAAGAACAGUGACUGGUAGUCAUCGUGAACAGUACAUGUAUCAACACAAAUCCUGGUGA